CAGUGAGGGGUUAAGCCGACGCGCUUGAGGCGCGGAGGGAUCCGGAGGCGAGCGGAGCUCGGCGCUGAGGCCGCCUCAGCGAAAAAAAAUGUCCGCCUGAGGAGACCCACAAGUUCUAUCGGGGGACCGCCAGCCCGCCCGGGGAGCCACGGGCGGCCAAGUCCGAGAGGCGCCCGAGCCGCGCGGACCUAAGCGCUAGCGCGGGCCCGAUACAACUGAGCCGCCGGCGGCGCGUGGGGGCAAGCCUGAGCCCGCGCUCCCGGCCAAAGUGAACUUUAAUCGGGGAGGUUGGAUGCAGAGCCCGGGCGGCAGGACCUGCUAGAAGUGGCUGAAGAUGAAUCCCCAGCAGCAGCGCAUGGCCGCGAUAGGGACCGACCAGGAGCUGAGCGACCUGCUGGACUUCAGUGCGAUGUUUUCUCCACCUGUUAAUAGUGGGAAAACAAGACCAACGACACUAGGAAGCAGUCAGUUCAGCGGGUCAGGUAUGGAUGAACGUGGAGGAACGACGUCUUGGGGAACAAGUGGUCAACCAAGCCCUUCCUAUGAUUCAUCUAGAGGUUUCACAGACAGCCCUCAUUACAGUGAUCACUUGAAUGACAGUCAAUUAGGAGCCCAUGAAGGCUUAUUCCCAACACCUUUCAUGAACUCAAACCUGAUUGGAAAAGCAUCAGAAAGAGGCUCCUUUUCCCUGUACAGCAGAGACUCUGGAUUAUCAGGCUGUCAGGUAUAUGCACCAUCCCCAAAUUCUGAUGAUUUCAACCGUGAAUCUCCUAGUUAUCCAUCUCCCAAGCCACCAACCAGUAUGUUUGCUAGCACUUUCUUUAUGCAAGAUGGGACUCACAGUUCUUCUGACCUUUGGAGUUCAUCAAAUGGGAUGAACCAGCCUGGUUUUAGUGGAAUUCUGGGGACCUCAACUUCCCACAUGUCUCAGUCAAGUAGUUAUGGCAGCCUUCAUUCACAUGACCGCUUGAGUUAUCCUCCACACUCAGUGUCACCUACAGACAUAAGCACGAGUCUUCCACCAAUGUCCAGCUUCCACCGUGGCAGCACCAGCAGCUCACCGUAUGUUGCCGCCUCCCAUACUCCUCCCAUCAAUGGAUCAGAUAGCAUUCUAGGAGCCAGAGGGAAUGCUGCUGGAAGCUCACAGACGGGUGAUGCACUUGGAAAGGCUUUGGCAUCUGUAAGUAUUGGGGACACAGUUGGAACUCAUCGAGAAGAUUCAGUCAAUCUCAAUGGCAAUCAUUCAGUUCUGUCUAGUACUGUUGCUGCCUCAAACACAGACCUGAACCAUAAAACACCAGAAAAUUACAGAGGUGGUUUGCAAAAUCAGUCUGGAAAUGUUGUUCCAACAGAAAUCAAGACUGAAAACAAAGAAAAAGAUGAGAACCUUCAUGAGCCUCCUUCAUCAGAUGACAUGAAAUCAGAUGAUGAAUCUUCCCAAAAAGACAUCAAGGUCUCGUCUAGAGGCAGAACAAGCAGUACCAAUGAAGAUGAGGAUCUGAAUCCGGAACAGAAAAUUGAAAGGGAGAAGGAAAGGCAGAUGGCUAACAAUGCUAGAGAGCGCCUGCGUGUGCGGGAUAUUAAUGAAGCAUUCAAGGAGCUUGGCCGAAUGUGUCAGCUUCAUUUGAAGAGUGAAAAACCUCAGACAAAACUCCUCAUUCUUCAUCAGGCCGUGGCAGUCAUCCUUAGUCUAGAACAGCAAGUCAGAGGUAAAGAGCUCUGGCAGUCGGCUGGCAGGCGCCUCUGUCCAGCACUCUCCCGGGAACUAUGGCUUAGAAAGUCACCUCCUGGCGCUGUGCUGACGCCGUUCCUCCGGCUGAGAGUUUGGUGCGGGUUUCCUGGAGGCGGCUGCGAAGGAGAAGGAGAGUGGCCUUGCGAUCCUCGGAAACGGGACCCGAACCCCUUCUCUCGGUGGGAGCAGAAACAGGUGGGUCUCGGGGGUCGCACUGGGACGCAGUGCAGACGAGACCAGGUCUGCGAGGAGACUGGGAGACCCCCAUUCUCAGUCGGUACUGACAGCCUGGGCCGUGCUUUCUUGGUCGUCGGGUCAGAGACUGCGCAUGGAGGUGUCCGGGUGUGGGAUUCCAACCGUCCAAAGCGCCGUUGGCCAGAGCCCAACAUGGCGACUAGGGCUGAGGGCGAUGCCGGUAUUUACAUUGCGGGGGUUGGAAGCCUGCGGCGUGAGCUCACUUUCCGACCCUUGGCAGGGCAGGAUCCUGUUUCCUGUUUGCAUAUUUUUUUUUUUUGAGACCGGGUUGGGGUG